UUAUAUAUAGAUAUAUGAUUUUGUUAGUAAAAAAAUGACAAUCUAGUCUUUGAAUUAGUAAUACACAUAAAUAAUUGAUAUGUGGCACUGCAAAUAUCCAGGGAUAUUUGUUUUAUUGAAUCAAAACUUACUAUUAUUUGUUAAGGUCGAUUAAAUUAUUUAAGUUUCCUCAAAUUAAAGCUUUACAUUCAACAGCAUUUAAUUAACAGAGAACCUGCUUGUUGCUACUGAUUAAUAAGGAGUGGUUGUUAUCUACUAAUUGAUUUUUGAAUUAGAUGAAGAUAAUAUUAUUUCUGGAAUUUCUAUAAACCUUUUACAAAACAUAACUACUGAUCUCUAGAAGUAUAAUAGAUAUGUUUCCAUACAAAUUUCAGAUUGGAUUUAUGUUAGAGAUCAAAAUAAUCUUUAUUUUUUUUUACUUGAUUAAUCAGGUUAAAUUAUAUCAAGUUUUUAAAUUGUAUGUUAUGACCUAAAAAUAAUUUAUAAUAGAUAUUUAAUGGUAAUAACAGACUUAAGAAAACUUGAAAUAUAUGACAUGAAAUAAAACUAUUAUUAGAUAAUAAUUAGCUAAUAAUUAGUAGAUUAUGAUGAAAUUAAUGUGCAGAAUAUCUUAGUUGGUCCAUUUUAAUAGGAUUCUGGUUAAUUUUAAUUCAUUUUAAUACCUUAUCAACAAUUUAAAAUAUCUGUUAUUACUCCAAAUAAAAACAGAUUUUUCUAAUAGUGCAUUCUCAAGUUAAAACAAAAAAAUUUUACUUAAGAAGAUAUUUAAUAAAUUGAUUCUUAAUUUCAAUUACAAAAAAAUGAAGAGUUAAGUUUAAAUAAAGGAAAUCAAUUUAUAUAGAAUGCUUUUAUUUACAAUUAAGACAGGAGUUUACUUACAUAGUUUUGCUAACAAGGCUAUUUCAUAGUUUUUGAAUUAGAGACUAACUACUUUUUAAAUAGCAUUUCGCUUUAAUAUAAACCAUAAAAUGUGAAAUAAUUCAAACAUACUCUAUUUGAUUAAAUCGGAGAUAUCUUUAUUGUUCUUGUUGAUUCAAAAUCUAUUUAACUUAUUGCUAUUGACUCUUAAACACUCUUACCCAAAAAAGAACAGUAAAUAGCUAGUAUUUAGGAUAGUGAUUUAAUUGAAAUAUGCUUCGAUACCAUGGAAUUAAGAAUAUUAAUAUUUUAAAGGUCUUUUUCUGCUAUUCGCCUAUAAAGCUAUGUAAUAAAUGCAAAUGAAACAGAUCAAAUAUAAAUUUAUUCAGAAACAGAUUUGAAUUAGCUAACUUAACAAUACGAUUACCUUAAAGUUUAUAUGAGUUCAGAAAUUAUAUUUUUAAGAUAGCAAUAGAAUUUAAUACUUAAAACCUAUUAAUUAUAAUAAGUUUGCAGCUAUAUUCACACUUCUAAUGUUCCAUACAGCAAUAAUUAUUUCUUUAAAAAUCAAAAUAGUAAGAUUAUUUUUUUUGAAGAUAGCUAUUUGUAUGAAUUGAACACAGAAAACUGUGAAGCAUAACUUAAAAUUUAAACUUAAUUCCUUAUAAAGUAAAUAAGUGCUGAUAUAUUUCCUACCUGUAUAUUUGUAUUGGGAUAAAAAGAAGCUAUAAUAUAUGAUAUUGGUAAAUAUUAGAAGCUUUACAAUAUAAGUAAAUAAAGGACAUUAAAUUUAUCUAAUUUUAGUUGGAUAAACGGACGUAUUUUAGGAUAUAUUGAAGAUUAUAUUAAUAUUAAAGUGUUUGAUUGUCAAAACUUUAGUUAAAGCGAAAUAACUGUUUCAAAAACUGUUUUAGACUUUUUUUUAGUUAAUUAAGAACAAGCACUUUUGAUAUAUGAAAAUUAGGGAAUCGAUUUAUUUUCUCUUUAAACAUCAACAUUAAUAAUUAAUUGGGAUAUAAUAACAAAUAUGUUAGAAAACUAUACCUCUGAAGAAAUAGUCAGCUCUUUCUCUUAGCCUUCUUAGAGAUAUUUUGCAUUUUAGAACUAUUUAGGAGAAAUUUCUUUUCUAUUCAAUCCAAACAGUAGCAUUUAAAUUUCAUAAGCAUACCCAGGAACAUACGAACUGGAUUACUAUGUUUCAAAUACUACUUUAAUCUAAUACAUUAAUGAACUAAAUAUAUUUGUAUAUGUUAACUAAAAUAAAUUAGUAGUCAUUGAGAAUAAAAGUUCAUAAAUUCUUUAGCAAAUAAAUAUUAGAAAUUAUGGUGAAUUAAGUGAGAUGUAAAAAAUAUUUUAUAACAAAGAAUGCAAAAAGAUAAUUGUAGCUGUAUAUGGAUAAAUUCUCAUACUUGACCAAAUUAAUUAAUACAAAAUUAUUAAAUAGCUGCUAUAUUCAAAUAAAUAUGACAUAAGAUCUGAUGGAGAUUUCUAGAAUGUUUUGAUUUAUGAAGAUUUGAAAUCAUUAAUAUGUCUUUUUGAUAUAAAGACACUUACAAAUAAAUGGUGUAUUAAACCUACUUAAUCUUAUGAUGCAUUAAAUAGUAAAGUUAAUUUGCUUCUCAUAAUGAAGACCUUCAAUAGCGUUAUUAAUAUUUAUUAUAACUAAAUUGAUGUAUAUAGUAUCUAAUAUUAAGGUAAAGUCUUAUUUAAGAAAACAUAUGAUUCAAUUUUUGAGAGCAUAAAGUGCUUUGAAAAAACUCUAACUUGUGUAAUUCUAGAUACUAAUAGCUAGUUGAUAUUUAUUAGGUAUAUUAAUAUAAAUGAUAUAGAAUUAACUAAAAUUAAAAAUACUUACAUUAAGAAACAACUAGAUGCUGUUUUUGAUGAAAUACAUGGAUGUAUUCAUAUUCCAGCUUUGAAUUCUAAUAUGUUGUUUGUGUAUUGCAUAUAAUAUGGGUAGUUUUAACUCAAAAGAUAGUUUAAGCUAAAAUAGACAUUAAUCAAAAUGAUUGAUAUUGAUGAUAAAUAAGAAACUUUAAUUUAUGUUGAUGAUCAAUACAACAUAUAAGGAUUUAAAAUGAUAAAAUACUCUUCAAGUGCAACGAUAUUAAAAACGAUAGACUAUACUAUUUCUCUUUCGGUAAAUGCAAAUGAUCAAUAUCCAAACUAUAUAUUUAUAUUUGAUAAAAAAAGAAGCAUUUUAAUUAUUGGUUUGUCAAAAUAAAUAUUUAUAGUUGACACACUACGUAGUAAAAAGAUAUACACAAUAGUCUUGCAAAAUAGAAUAACUAAAAUUAAAUAUGAAAGAAGUACAAAUUUGAUUAAAUGCUUUGAAGAAUACUUUUAUGAACAGAUAAAUUUAGAUUUAGUAUAUCAAUAAAAUAUAAUACUUCCUUUUCCUGACUAUGUUAAAAGCUAUUCUUUAUUGCUUGGAUUCAUAUACUUUUAAAUGGAUAUUCAGUAAAAUUUAUUGAUAGCUUAUGAUGAAAGAUAACUUCCUAUUAGCAAGUCAAUUAUUGAUUUUACUAAAAUUUCAAACUAUCCUUUCCUCCAAAACGUUGAUUUUUCUCUAAUAAAUUCUUAAUCAGAUAUUAUUGAUUUUUUAUUAAUUAUGAAUAACCUGAUAGCAAGAGUUUAAUAUGAUAAAAACAUCUCAUAAAUAUAGUUAGUUAAUUUUUAUAAAGAUCCUGAUAACGAUCUAUUUUAAUCGGAAUGGGUAAUUAAAAAUGAUAAAAAUCCAAAGUAAUUAAUUAUAUUUUGCCAUAAUAACUUCAAAAUUAAGAUUUUUGAUGCUGAUUAAAACACUUCUCGAGCUUUGUUAACAGCUAAUAAUUUUUUAAUAUAAUUCUACUUAUCAUAUCCUUCUCAGUCAUAUUUAAUUGCUGUAGAUAAAAAUAACAAAUGCAUCAUAGCUGACAUCUCAUAGUCAAAAUAUAUUAUAUUUGAAUUAUAAUAGCUAAGUGAAAUUAAUACACUUAGUAAAAUCACUUAAUAUAUUAAUAUUUAAGAUGCUGAAAUACUGGAAAAAAAUAAUAAAAUAAUUAUCUAAUGUUAAAAUUAUUUUUUUUUGCUAAGUAUGGACCAUAUUUUUGAUAUUGAUAGUUCUAAAUUUUUUACAUAAUAAAUCCAAAAGUUUCAAACUAAUGAUGAUAUUGAGGAGUUGUUCAUAGAUAUUAAAUAAAAUUUAAUAUUGAUAUCAACAACUAAUGAUGUUAUCAUUUAAUAAUAUUCAAUUGAUAGUAAUUAAAUGAUUUAUUCAAAUUUGCAUAAACCUUCUUAUGGGAAAGCUAAUGUAUUAGACUGUUUUAAUUAUUUACUUAUAUAUUCAUAUAGCUCAAUUAAUGUUUACCAAAAAUUUUAUAACUAAACGUAUUUAAAAAUUGUAUCUAACUAUAAUGAAUUUUUAAGAGACUCAACAAUCAAGGAUAUAACUUUGAUUCAAUAGGACUAUUUAUAUCAAGAUAAUUUUUUCAUAAUAACUUUAACAAAUUCUAUCAAAAUACUUUCUCUAGAUCCUAAGAAUAUAAUAGCUCCCUUGAUUACUGUACAGACAUUAUUGGUAAAAAAUUUUGAAGUAACAUCGAUGGAAACAUUUAAUUUAGCUGAUAUAUAAUAUUUCUAUCUUGAUAUGAUUAGGUAUGGAGAGAGAAUUUCUAUUAAUAACAGCUUUGAUUUUUUUAGCUUAAGAUCUAUGAUAUAGCAAAUUUCCGAUGAUGAAUAAACUUGUGUUUUUGAGUUUAAGGAAUCUUUAGAAAUGUCUGAUUCAGCGUAUUGGAAUAAUUAAAUUGAAAAAAUUUAUAAAUAAUCUUAAAUAAGUGUAGAAGAUCUAGUUAUUAGAGUUAAUCCUAAUACUUUUCUUAAUAUUCCUGAGCUAGAUACAAAAUAUAUCAGUCCUAGUGGAAUUUAUGUUUCAUUUACUUAAGGUACCAAAUUUAAAGAUAAUGAUCGUGUUUUCCUUUCUUAAGAUAUUGAUUUUGGGCCAAUAUCUAUAUUUUAAAUAUAUAAUUUGAAUGUUUCGUUUAGUGGAAAUGGAAAAUUAAUAUUGGAUGGAUUAAAAAGCAAAUACUUGAAAACAGCCUUCUUAGAAAAAAUAACUAUUAGUGGCUAAGAUGAAUUAAUUGAUAAUUCUUUUAUCUUUGCUAAUUUGAAUUUUGUUUCAAUUAAAGAUUUAGUAAUUAAAGAUAUUAAAUUGAUAAAUAAUUAAAUGCAAGUUCCUAUAUUUUUAUUUCAAAAUAUCAGUAAAGUUAUUUUAUCUAAUAUCACAGUAAGCAAUAUUUCAUCAAUAGAUUAUUCAACACUAUUUAGCUUUCAAAACUCAACUGAAAUAAAGAUAAUCAAUUUUACUAUGAACAAUUGUUUUCUUUCUACACCUUUCAAUGAAUUAUUCGAAGUAUUAAAUAACUAAUCAUAAAGCUAAAAUGAUUAUUACUUUAUAAGAAAUUCUCAAAACUUAACUUCCUUAACACCAGAUAUCCCAGUUUACAAAUUUAUUUCUUUUUUCUCAAUAAAUUAGGAUUUAAUAUUUAAUCAUGAUUAAUUCAAUGUUAUUGAUUAUUCGAUUCAAAAUAAAACAUCUACUCCUCCCUAAAGAAAGAUUUCUUAGCCAACAGUUUACCAUCUCUAGAUUGUGGAUGAAGGAAUAGCUAGUUAUAUAUUUUCGUUUUAUAAUUCAUAAACAAUCACAAUAUAAAAUAUUAAUAUAUAAUAAAAUAAUUUUUUUAAUAUUGCAAGGAUUUUAUUAGUUUAAAACUGUUAAAAUUUUUAAAUUAGCUCAAUUUAACUAAACUAAGCUGAAUUUUAUACUAGAUUAGAUGAAUAACUAAGAAGAGAACCGUUUGAUGAUAAUAAUGUGUUCGAAUAAUUUACAAAUCUAAGCUCCUUUGAUGAAAGUGAAAAUGUAUAUGAAGAAUAUUCUAGUGACAACUUUGAGUUAUAUAAUUUACAACCUUUCAUAGCUCGUUCAUUAAUUUGUUUCCAUAAAAUUAAUAAUAUACUCAUAGAAGACUUUUAAAUAUAGAAUAUGCAAAUACAACAAAAUUUUUUGAUUUUUGUAAGUGUGCUUUAAACUAAGUAAGUUUUAUUUAAUAACACAAACUUCAAUCAGAUUUUCUAAGCUGAAUAGAGAUUAGCAGUUAUAAUAAAGGCUCAAAAUAUUGAAAAUUUAUGGAUAUUUGAUUCAUUAUUUUAAAACAACAAUAACAUUAUAUUUCUAGAUUCACAAGAGUUAAGAGUUAGUCGAACUAUAUCACUUUAAAAUAAUGUCGUAAACAUAGAUAAAAUCAAAUUAAAAAGUAGUUUUAACUAAAAAUCUUACAUAAUUGUUCAUUCUUUUAUUAUAAAAAUAACCAAUUCCAUUUUUUAUAAUCUUAUUAAUUAAUAAAAUGGAAACCAAUACAUUGAUUACUCAUAAAAUAUAUUAUUUAAUGAUUUUGCAGCUCUUCCAGUAGGAAUUAUAAAUGUGUUUAAUUUUAAUAAUUUUUUUGGAGAUAGUUUAACCUUUUUUUAGUGCAAAUCAAGGAGUAUUGCUGGUAUUUGUCUUUAAAAUGGAAUACUUUCUAUUAUUUAAAAUAGUAAAUUUGAGGGUAAUACUGCUACACAUAAUGCAGGAGGAGUAUUAUUUUAUCAGGUUCAACUAAUUUAAAUUAUAAAUAGUGUUUUUCUUUCAAACAAAUCCUUAUAAGGAUCUGGUGGAGCAAUAUACAUUACUCAGUCAGUAAUAGAUGUUAUUAUUAAUUGUGAGUUCACUAACAAUAACGCAGCUGCCGAAUCUGGUGGGGCUAUUUUUAUUUCACAAUCUAAUUUAAUAAAAAGCAUUAGAAAUAAUAAUUUUACUAAAAAUAAAGCUGCAGUUGGCGCAUCUAUAAGAAUAGUAGAUUAAUAUGAUACUUUUAAAAUUCCUUUAAUGAUUUAACAAAAUAAAUUUUUAAAUAAUACUUCUACUUUAUACGGUUCUACUGUUACUUCUUUUCCAUAAAAGAUGGUAUUCGUGGAUAAAAAUUUAAAAAUAAUAUAAAUACCUACAAUAUAGCACACUAGUGGAUAUAAUCUCAAAUAACCUAUUUAAAUAGCUUUGUUAGAUGAAGCUGGUUAAAUUGUAAAAAACCCAUCUAAUGUGAACGUGACUCAAAAUAAUUUUGCUUUCAGUGAUUAUAUUUAUCAAGAAUUUAAAAGCUAUUAAUUAUUCUUUAAUAUGUAAAAGAAUAAAAACAAAGUAAAGAUAGUUGGAAAAAGCACUUACAAUUUUGAAAUAGAAAAACCAAUUUUUUUACUAAAUAUAACUUUAAUUGGAGUAAUUUAGAAUGAGGAAAUUUUAAGUAUAGAGACAUUAAAUUUAUAUCCUUAUGUGAUGUAAAACAACUCACAGGUACCCUACAGUCCUUUAUAAGUUUCUAUAAAAAUAAAUUUUACAAUCUGUUAGAGAGGAGAAGUUCCUAUUUAUCAAGAAGAAUAAAACUUAACUCUGUGUAGUCCAUGCCCAAGUGGUAAAUAUAGCUUGGAAAAUAUAACUAUUAAAGAUAUUUAAAAGAAAAAAAAUUUUACUUGUAAGCUAUGCCCAGAGUCUGCAGAGUUUUGUGAAAGAGAUGUUAUUAAAUUAAAAAAUGAGUAUUGGAAAAAUAUAGGCUCAGAUUAAAUUUUUUAUUGUAAUUAUAAUUCAAAGAAUUGUUAAGCAUAGCUCUACUCAGAUCCUGAAAAAAUAUGUGCAGAAGGUUAUAUCGGUGUUUUUUGUAAAGAAUGUGAUUAUAAAGGGUCUGUUUGGGGAUAAAAGUUUGGUAGAUUUAACACAUCUAAUUGCAGAAGUUGUAGAGAUUCAUUUAAUUCUUUUAAUAUAGUUAUUUUGGUAAUCUUAAUUAUAAUAUUGAUUAUCUACAUAUUAUAUUAGCUUUCUUUACAGAGAAAAUAUGCUAAAAAAAGUUGUAUCGCAUAUUACUUAAGAAAAGCAAAAAUUAUUCCUAUGGGUAUAAGCGAAUUUACAAAUCUAAAUGCAGUUUAUACUAAACUGCUUAUUAACCAUUUACAGAUUUUAGCUCUCUUCAGCUAAUUGAAUAUUCCCAUUCCAAGAUUCUUUUCAUAGUCAGCUGAGUUAUUUGGUGGUGAUCCCAACAGCAUAGUAUCAGCUAAUAUUGAUUGUCUGUCUUCUGAUUUUACAAACCUUCCUACUUAUGUUAAUAUAAGCCUUCUUUCGAUAUUAAACCCUUUUAUUCUCUUUGCUUUAAUAACUUUAAUUAGAACUAUUUAUAUUCUCCUAAGAUAUACUAAGGGAUUGAUUUUUUAUUUUAUAAAGGAAAAUGAGGAAAUUAACAUGAUUUCUUAGAAUAUUAAACCUAAAUCAAAAAUCUAAAAAAUGGUUAGAGCUUUCAAAAUAAAAAUGGUUACAUGUCUUAUUUUCCUAUACUUUUUUUUUGCUCCUUCUAUAUUAAAUAGAAUCCUUUCUUAUAUGGCAUGUGCCCAAAUUGAUGAGAUUUAAUAUAUAGUUGGAAUGAGCAAUUUAACUUGUUUUAAUAGCGAACACAAGCUCUAUCUGUUCACUUUUCUUUUUCCAGUUUGCUUACUAUGGGCUUUAUUUAUACCAAUUUACUUUUUCUUUAAACUAAAAUCAAAUAGAGAGUAUUUAGAUUAAAUAAGAAUGAAAUUUCAAUUUGGUUUUAUAUACCAAGAAUAUAAAAGAAGUUGUUAUUAUUGGGAAUUUGUUAAAAUCUUUUUAAAAUUCACUAUUAUUUCCACCUUAAUGAUUUUCUAUGAAUAAUAAACAAUAAAAAUUAUUCUAGUUGCAACUCUUGUUUUAGCCUACAAUUAACUCAUCUAUAUCAUCUAACCAUUUGUUUCUAAAGUAUUAAAUCAAGCUGAAAAAUACUCAACUAUAACACUUAUAUUUACUGGUUUCCUUAUCCUUCCUAUUAAUGACUAUACUAACACUGAAGAUUUUUAUAUUUUAAUUAUCAGCUUUUUUAUAUUAAUUAGCAAUUUAAGUUUCUUGCUAUUUAUGCUCAAACUAAUCUUCCUUUAACCACUCCCUUAUUCUUAUAGCAAGAUGAAUUACUUCUAAAAAUUCAUCUAUAAACUUAAAUUUUACUUUCCUAAUCUUUUUUCUUCUGUUAAAUUCAAGCCUUCUGACCCAUAUAGAGUGUUUAGAAACUGGAAAAAAUUAAAGAUGUGCAUAUAUAAAUUUGUUAACUUUAAAGAUCAAAAGAAACUUAAGGAUAGCCACAUCAUUGAAGCAGCAACUUAAAAUAAUAUUAAAUCUCUAGCAAAUAUAGAACAUAGCUAAUCUACAUCCAAAGAUUAUGACAAAAAAGAAAUCUGCAAUACAGUUUAAAUCUUUAGCUUUAAAAAUUUAGAAAGUCCAACACUAUUAAGUAAAUAGCAAACAAAAUCUAAACUAGUCAAUUAAAAUUAUUAGUCUAAUAUUAUCACAAAUACAUCAAGCAGAAGUAAAAGAUCAGAUAUAUUUACUAAUUCUAAUUAAAUUAUUAAAUUAUCAUAAAAUUCAAAAACAUCAGUUUAGUCUAAAGGAAGUAAUGAUACUAAUUAACUAAAUAUCAAUUCCACUUAAAAAUAAUCUCCUCGUAAAACUGGAAUAUUAAUUAACAAAGCAAACCAAAAUUAAUUAAUUAAUCUUAAAUAGGCAAGAAAAAUUAGCUUUCCUACUAAUCUUGUAAUAGACCAAAUUAUUCCACAACACAAAUUAUCUUCCUUCUCUAAAAUAAAAGAAGAUAAAUAAGAAAAUAAAUUAAUAGAGUUAGAAUAAACAAACGAAAUAUAAAAUUGAAUUUAACUCUUUCAAUUUUUUUAUGUUUAGUUAUUAUGAAGAAACACUUAAUUUUUCAUAAUUUUUUUUUUUCUUAUUGUUAACCAUAUUUCC